AUGGAGAUGGCAGACAAGGCUGUGUCGACUGUCGCCAAGCCCCAGAUGCGGGGCCUCCUCAAUGCUGUCAUCAAACGCAACUUGAUUGUGGCCCUAACUCUGGCUGGUCUGUCUGGCUUUGCAUUCAAGCAGCUGGUUGGUAAUGAACGCAAAAGGCGUUACGCGGAGUUCUACAGGAAUUACGACGCGGAGAAAGAGUUCGAAGAGAUGCGCAAGAAGGGUCUGUUCCAAUCGUGCUAA